AUAAACAUAUAAUAACAGACUUCCGUUCCUUCUCUCUCUAAACGGUCCUCCCUUUCCUACUUCCAUGCUUUGGUUUUGCAUUUCUUCUUCUUCCUCUUUUAAUACUAUUUUCUUCUUCUCUUUUACGUUCUAAGUUUUGUUUGUUCUCUUGGACCUUCAUAAUUACACACAUAUAAGGUGUACCCAACCUGGCAAUGGGGCUGCUUUUAGUUCCUCACACCAACCAAUAAAGUUUCCAACUUGCAAAAGAAAAAACAAAACACAAGCUUUUCAUACCAUACGUCUGGGGUGGAGUGCAUCUUAAUUGAAUCUUUGGAUCAGGUGCUUCACCUUUUGGGCAGUUGAUUCAUGCAAAAAUAUGGGCUGUCUGUUACCCAAUCUGACAGGCACCUUUUUUUCCCCUUUGAAAUGAUGGGUUAGUGUUAUUUGUGUUUUUUUCUUUUUUGGUGGGUUGUGGAGGGGGAUCAAUGGCUCCAGCGACAGAUGUAUCUCCACAUGCAACAAAACUAGAAGAUGGAAGCUUCAAAAGUGGUUUCAAUUCAAUGGAGGAUGAAAAUGAAGACACAUUGGGGAAUAUGACCCAAGCCAACGCUGCCAAACCUCCAAGAAGCCUCUCUGCUAUACGCCAUUGCUCAAGCUCUGCGUGGCUAAUCGAACAUGAAUCAGUUAUGGGUGCUGCGGGAUUGAAGUCACCACCAUCACGUGAAGAUUCUUGCUUUCUACCUGUAUUCCGUUCAGGAAGCUGUUCUGAGAAAGGACCAAAACAAUAUAUGGAAGAUGAGUUUAUAUGUAUUGAUGAUCUGUUUCAGCAUCUUGGCCCGGCUGCAAGCUUUCCUUGCCUAGGAGCAUUCUAUGGGGUAUUUGAUGGGCAUGGUGGUCUAGAUGCAGCAUCCUUCACCAGAAAGAACAUUCUCAACUUCAUUGUUGAAGACGCUAAUUUUGCAACUGGAACAAAAAAGGCAGUUAAGCGUGCUUACGUGAAAGCUGAUCAUGCACUUGCAGAUGCUAAAUCUCUUGAUAGGUCCUCUGGCACCACUGCUUUGACUGCUCUCAUUUUGGAAAGAACCAUGAUCAUUGCUAAUGCUGGGGAUUCUCGAGCUGUAUUGGGUAAACGAGGAAGAGCAAUCGAGUUGUCUAAAGACCACAAACCCAACUGUACAUCUGAAAGAUUAAGAAUCGAGAAACUAGGUGGUGUGAUAUAUGAUGGCUACCUGAAUGGCCAGCUUUCUGUAGCACGUGCUCUUGGAGACUGGCAUAUUAAGGGCGCUAAAGGCUCGAAGAGUCCCUUAAGCUGUGAGCCAGAAUUGGAAGAAAUUUUGCUGACAGAAGAAGAUGAGUUUCUGAUAAUGGGGUGUGAUGGACUUUGGGAUGUGAUGAGUAGCCAAUGUGCUGUGACAAUGGUGAGGAAGGAGUUGAUGCAGCAUAAUGAUCCUGAGAGGUGCUCAAGAGCACUUGUGAAGGAAGCAUUACAACGCAACACAUGUGAUAAUCUAACUGUUGUUGUAGUCUGCUUCUCGCCAGACCCACCUCCGAAGAUUGAAAUUCCGAGAUCGUAUAAAAGGAGGAGCAUAUCAGCAGAAGGGCUGGAUCUCCUCAAGGGUGUUUUGAACAACGAAUGACCGAGUAAUAAGAAUUGUCUGUAUCUUGUACAAAAAAGAAGAAAACAAUGGAAUUUAAACCAAUUGGAGAGCCAUUUUUCUGAAUAAUAACUGGUCCGUCCCACUUGCUGUGACGUGGAUAGAAAUAGUUGAUGAUUUCUUGAAUCCUGGAUAGUGUCCGGUGUAUACAUUUUUUUUCUUUUUUUUAUUAGUAUAUUUUUUGAAUUUGAGUUGGUAACAUUUGAGUUACAAUCUGAAACUGGUAAUAAGUUGCCUGGGGCAACCUCAGCAAGUUUGAUGUUAGUUGCAGGGAUUUUUUUUCAGGGGCAAUUAAGCUCCAAGUAUGAGGUUAUAUUUUAAUUGUAACAAUUUAUUUACUAUUAGACACAUGAAAAACAUCUUACUCCAGAGAAAGUAAAGCUUGUAAAAUUUGAGAUUGAGAUUGUUAAUGUUUAAUUACUUGCUAUUACCUA